AUGGGUUUUGACAGUCCAGCAAGAGGUCGAGGAGGAGGUCGUGGUGGCUUCAGCGGUGGUGAUUCUUUUAAACAAGGAGGUUUCAAAUCAAGAGGAGGCUCACCAGGCGGUGGCUUCAGAGGACGAGGAAAUGGAGGUGGUGGUCGUGGGUUUAACACGCCGGACAAGCGAAGAGGUGGUGAUCGAGGUCGAAGUUUUUCCGGUAACAGAGGUGAUGCAUUAUCCCAAAACAACCGAGGAAGAGGAGGUUUCAGUCCCCGAGGUGGCCGUGGUGGUUUCAGUCCACGUGGGGGUCGUGGUAAUUUUACCCCUCGUGGAAAUCAAAGAGGUUUCACGCCAAGGGGUGGUCGAGGUCAGUCAGAUUUCCGUGGAGCAGCAAGAGGUGGGCGAGGAUCCUUCAGUGAGAAGAGAAAGGUCUUCGAAGAUGAUGAAGAAGACGAUAUUAACAUCAACAGCCACAAAACGAAGAAGGCGAAGUCUGCAUCGAAUACCCCCAUGCACGCGAAAAGCACGCCGAAACGGGCCAAACAUGAGCAUGAGUCUGAUGAAGAGGACGAGGAUGACGAAGCGACACUCGCUGUUGGCAACAAGAAGAAAAACAAAGGGAAACCCGUUCAGGAGGUGCCGGAAGAGGAGUCUGAUAGUGAAGAAGAAGAUGAUGAAGAGGACGAGGAGGACGAGGAAAGUGAAGAGGAUGAAGACGAAGAGCCAUCUGUCACUUCACCAAAAAAGCAGGCAGGCGCAGCUCUGAAGAAUAGCGCCGUUAAGAAAGCCAAUCUCGUGACACAGGAGUCCGAUGAAGAUGACGAUGAAGAAGACGAGGACGAAGAAGUUAGCGAGGAUGAAGAAGAUAGCGAGGAUGAGGAGGAAGAGGCGCCUUCUAAAUCAGGCUCCAACAAAGCGGUUGCACCCAAGAAAGCAGAUAAACCGGGCAAAACAUUAACUAAUGCGACUAAUGAAGAUGAAGAUGAGGAUGAAGACGAUGAUGAUGAUGACGAUGACGAUGAAGAAGGCGAAGAGGAGGAAGAUGAUGAAGAAAGCGAUGAAGACGAGGAACAAGUUGAACCUAUUAUGCGAACGCCAGCUGUAAAGCAAAAACAGGCGGAAGAAAAGAAAAGUGCGCUGAAAAGCGGAAAAUCAACAGAUGUCAAAAAGAAGGUCGAUGUUUCUGCCGCACCGACUCCUGUUACGUCUUCCAAGAAAAUUCCCCUAACUCCUCACCCUCAAAAGAAAGGUCUACUUGGUAAAGAUGGGAAAGAGGUACAGAAACCAACGCUAAACUUCGAUGAUGAUAGCAGCGAUGAGGACGAAGAGGAUGAGGAUGAAGAGGAAGUAGAAGAUGAGGAUAUGGAUGACGAAGAUGCUGAUGAAGAAGAAGAAGAGGAUGAAGAAGAGGACGAGGAAGAGGAAGAGGAAAACGUCGCACCGAAAUCUCAGACUAUAAAAUCUGAUGGGCUAAAAGUCCCACCCAAGAAAUUAGGGGAAGUAAAAGCUCCGCUUAAAUCCAAGGAAGUACUAUCUCAGCAAGGUGUAAAAACGAAGGCUGCUUCCAACGACCUGCUCUUAAAACAGGAAGUGAAGGCUCCGAGUAAAUCUGAUGGACAACAGUCUCAGCAAGGUGUAAAAAGAAAAGCUGCUCCAACCGAACAACCUUCAAAACACAUUAAGGUUAACUCGUAA